UGGUAUAAAAUGCUACUGAGAUGCGCCAUUUUCACUCCUCGUUCAUUGUAGGGUUGCGGAAAGAAGAGAAGCGCACCAAUCUCUAACCCUCGCGGCAAUCUAUCUGUUCGAAGCUAUGUCGAAGAGGAAGGUCAGGGAGCCAAAGGAGGAAAAUGUGACACUCGGUCCUGCUGUCCGUGAUGGGGAGCAUGUUUUUGGUGUUGCUCAUAUUUUUGCAUCGUUUAAUGACACAUUCAUUCAUGUUACUGAUUUAUCUGGAAGAGAAACACUUGUACGAAUCACUGGUGGCAUGAAGGUCAAGGCUGAUAGGGAUGAGUCAUCUCCAUAUGCAGCCAUGCUUGCAGCGCAGGAUGUUGCGCAACGAUGCAAGGAACUUGGCAUCACAGCUCUGCAUAUCAAGCUUCGUGCCACGGGAGGCAACAAGACAAAGACACCUGGUCCAGGUGCCCAGUCUGCACUUAGGGCCCUUGCGCGAUCUGGAAUGAGGAUUGGCCGCAUAGAGGAUGUGACUCCGAUACCCACUGACAGCACACGCAGAAAGGGUGGUAGAAGAGGAAGGAGGCUGUGAGCCAUUUAUUUUAUCCAAAUCAUUGUGGUGGUGGAGCAAGUGGUGGUGUUUCUCGUAUCUGAGACAGUAGUUUGUUUUUAGUUAUCAGUGAACAAUUUUGUAGUUUUGACAAUUCUCGGUUAUGUGAAAUUAUUUUUCUCCUAUAAAAGUGAAGUAUUACUC